AUGUUAGAUCAUCGUUGUCUCCGAAAUGUUCGGCAUCGUGUGUUCGGGCACAGAGACGAUAAUGCAUUCGGUGUCACCAUGUUGAAACAUCGACUUCGGUGGCUCGGACAUGUUCUACGAAUGUCGUCCCAGAGAAUUCCACGUCGUACAUUAUUUGCCGACGCUGGGACUGGUUGGAAGAAGCGGAGAGGUGAAAGCUGCAAAGUGCUAGCUUCUGUUGGUCCUUCUCGACUCCCUGGUUGGGGUCCGAGAAAUGGUGCAACACAGUGGUUAGAGACGUUAUCAGAUAUGGCUCAGAAUAGAAGCCAAUGGCAAUCCUGCUCGUAA